GGACGCUGUCAAACGUCUGUCUAAAUAUUCAGCAAAAUCAGUACAAUAUAUUUUGGCUCGUAUUUUGUUGACGGUACAAAAAAUAAUAACAAAGCAAAUGUUAUUUGAUGUGCUAAUUCACUCUGUAUUACUUAAUUAAUCAGUAUUACUUUUUAUUAUAUUCAAAGUAGACCUCUGAACGUGCUUGUGUUUAUUUCUGCGAUCAGCUGAUCAAAAAAUGAGUUUCCUUUCGUAUUAUGUCGACAAUUAUACAUUGAGUCUCUACAAUAUUAUCGUGGAGUACGUGGACACAGAAUACAGUCUGUGGCUGACGUGGUUCCUGACGCCUGUCAUAGUGACGUUCCUGCUGCCGGCAGUCAUCCUCGUCCUGAUAUACGUCAGCAGCAUCAUAUUCCACAUCUACAGGCUAUAUAGGCGACGGCUAGUGGGCGGCGUUCAUGGAGACUGGCGGGACGCGGCGCGCAUGGCGGUGUGCGCGUUGUGGGACGCGCACGGGUGGUUAUGGCACGGUUACGAGAUCCGAGGCCUAGAGAACAUCCCCGAGGGUCCGUUCCUGAUCAUCUACUACCAUGGCGCGCUGCCCAUAGAUAUGUAUUACUUCAUAGCGCGCAUGCAGUUACUGCGCAGGAGGCAUAUACACACAGUAGCUGAUCGGUUGCUGUUUAAAAUACCUGGUUGGGCAACACUGCUCGAAGGGCUAUGCGUGAUCCCAGGCACGGUGCAGACGUGCGCGUCGGUGCUCAAGGCUGGCAACCCGCUCGCGAUCUCGCCUGGCGGUGUGUACGAGGCUCAGUUCGGAGAUCACUACUACAAGCUGAACUGGAAGGCGAGGAUAGGGUUCGCUAAAGUAGCUCAGGAAGCCAAAGUGCCGAUAGUGCCGAUGUUCACGCAGAACGUGCGCGAGGCGUUCCGCACGGUGGGGUGGCUGCGCGGCGUGUGGCUGCGCGUGUACGGCGCCACGCGGCUGCCGCUGGCGCCGGUGUACGGCGGCUUCCCCGUCAAGCUCGUCACGCACCUCGGCGCGCCGCUGCACCACCGCCCCGACCUCACGCCCGACCAGCUGCAGCGGCAGGUCGCCACCGCCAUCGAAGAAUUAAUCGAACAACAUCAAAGGGUACCCGGAAGCAUUUUACGCGCGCUAACGGAACGCGUGUACGAAAUACCCAAAAGGAAAUCCUUAGCAAAGACCGACGCUCUACCCAACGGCAAAUGUAAAAACGGCGACGUCAAACGGGAACCCAGUGACAGCUGUCAAAGUGACAGUAGUGAGAAACCUAAAGUGUCAUAAAAGUGCCAGUGUUGCUGUGUAAAGGUACCAUUUGGUAGAAUUUUGGACUCAUUUAGGCCUAAGUUCUGUGAUUUGCGCGUUUACGUCAAAAUGUUUUAUUUUAGUGUACGAUAGCAUCCUGACCUCUGGCUAUAGACAAGGCAGAUUUAUAAUCUAUGUUGUAUGCUCUAUAGUUUAAAUAUCGGAGGCUCCAAUCGACCGUAAUGCGUUGAAAUUUUGACGAUUUUCUCGUAGUCAUAUAACUACGUUUUUUAUUACCAAUAUAUAUAGUACUUAUGUGAUGUCAUUUUCUUUGUGUAGGUAGCAAGUGAUAACCUUAGUUUUGUAGGGGUAUAAUGCUCAAAAGUUACUCAUUUUUUUAAAUUUAGAAAUUGAAAUAGUACUGAAGGCUAUAAGCCUUUUCGCCAUGUAAAUAUACUUCCUUAUCUGUGAAAGAAAUUGAAAUCAUAAUUUAUAUUAACGUAAUUUAGUCUAUAAGAAUGUUCUAAAAUUUAUUUUUAUUUCGGUUCAAAUACUACGAAAAACACUAUUAAAAAUACGCCUAAAUUGGAUCGAAUUUAGUUUUAUGUAUUACUUAAUAAAAAUUAAGAUUUUUUUGUAUUAAUUCAAGUGGAAUCCUUUGGAAAUUGAGUAUAGGUUACCAUUUAUUACACCAUUUUAAAAAUAUAUCUAUAUUUGUUAAUAUUACGUAUAUACUGUUAAGAUAGGUUAUUUAGUGAGGAAAUAUUAAUGACGUUUUCCUUUGACAUAGUGUAAUAUAUUUUACAUCAUUAGGUAGUUUUUCAGUAAUAAAAUAAAUAUGUUUAUUGAGAUAUGAUUUUGGCUUAUUUUUAAUGAAUUAAGUAUGUCAGUAAAUGUAACCAUUUUAAUAGUGCUUUAUGAGAUUAGAACUUCUGUUUUUUUUUUUAUUCUAUUUUUUUUUAUUAUGAGCCUUGCUUGGGCUUAUGUAUUGUAAAUUAUGGAGUGGUUAUACCAGUUAUUGAUGGUAACAAGGCGAUAGAUUCGCAUAUGACAGGGCUGGCCCUGCAUUAUAUUCAAUGACGAGUUAUUGUGAUUCACUGUAAAUCUCGGGCUAUUGCGCAUGAGUUCAUCUAUAUUCAAGUAUUUCGGGUAUUUCCGUCUCUUGAUAUGUUUGAUGUACGAUGUUCAAACCUUAUCUUAUGGAUGAUAAUAUUUGGGAUUGGAUCUUUGGUGAAGUUUGGGGUGUUAAAGUUUGGAGGCCGGUCGUAAAAAAUUAAAACUUUUUUAGUUUUUUUUUACCCCACUGCACUUGAUUGUAAGCAGAUUGUGUCGCAAAAUGAUUAUCCCUUGCCAGUCGACACAAUUAUGCCGGCCUUUUUAAACUGAAUAUACACAAGCUAAUACCGCAACGCGAGACACUUGGAUGGUCUCAUCAUGGUUAAGACAUGUGAAGAUCCCAUUGAGUGGGACAAGGGGAAAAAACAUAUCCUCAAAUGCCGCAUCGAGAUUUAUAGUGAAUUACUAUUUUAUGUGUAAAGACUUUCAGGUGUAUAGUAUACUAUAAUAUAAAUACUAUGAUGAAUAUGAAAUGCUUGUUUUUGGAGUAUCAAAAGGCGCAUUUAUAAAUUACCUAGAUGAUAUUCAUUUUGACAUAAAAAUAUAGCAUUUUUAUAUGAUGAAAAAAUAUAAUAUGUAAGGACUAAGAAUGUUCAAAAAAUGCAUUUUUGUAUUCCACUGUAUUUAACACCAUGUAUUUAAUAAGCAUAGCAUGCGGAUAUAGUUUAUAUGUUAAUUACAUUACAGUUCAAAUUAGGUAUUGUAUAAAGUUGAAAAGUGAACAGCUUAAGGGCUUGGUGCUCUUUGUAAUAUAUGAUACGUAUAGUGCUACUGUUUUAUACUAUUACUUGACCAAUAUUGAUGUGGUUCUUUGAAUCGUUGUGAUAAAAGUUUCAAGAUGUUUCUAAUACUAAAGGAUUAGCAAGAACUCGCAGCAAUAUACCGUGCAGAAACCAAA